AUGCCUUCGUUCGCAGCAUUCUCGCCAACGACAUUGGCAGACGUUCUGCCGCGAUCGCAAAUCGUUCGGCAUGACAUCCGCCCGUUGUGGAACUGCCCACGCAUCAGUGGACGUGCCUUCACCGUCCAUAUUCCCCCCGGAGACAAUUUAAUGUUGCAUGUUGCCAUGUACGAAGCACCGCCGGGAUCUGUUGUCGUGGUGCAGUCAGGCGAUGUGAGCUUUGCUGCGAUAGGAGGCAACGUGGCGCGCGUUGCAAAGGAACGUGGGAUUGCAGGCUUGGUGUUGGAUGGAGUCGUGCGAGAUAUUGCAGAGAUUCGCGCGCUCAAGUUUCCUGUGUUUGCCCGAGGCAUUGUUCCGUUUCCAGGCACGAAGACGUGUCGUGGCACGUUGAAUGAACUUGUGGUGUGCGGUGAUGUGGCUGUGUCAGCGGGGGAUGUUGUCGUCGCAGAUGAGGAAGGCAUCGUCGUCGUCCCAGCAUCACAUGAACGAGAGUUCUUUCAAGCGGCUGUUGCGCGCCAGCACAAGGAGCACACCGAAGACUUCGAAGCGUGGAAGAAGAGCCACCGCGCACGACUGCAAGAUGCGUACUAUUGUCAUUUUGAGCACUAGAGUGACUCGUCGACUCAUUAUGACGCUCGCCACUCGAGGUUCCAGACCUCUUCACGGAGCUAGUCGCAGUGAAUACUAGAGCUACUUGUCCUCAA